AUGUACGUGAAUUCACCGCAGAGAUGCCGAAGUGACCGACCUGGAACAAACAAAGAAGAAAAACUGCAACCUUCGAUGGGAAGAAUACAAAAAGCGGAUUGUCGUCAAAAAGCACAAAAAACAAAGUAAACAUGAUAAACCCUUCCAGCACUCGAUCACUGAGAGGGUAUGGUAAGAAGACAAAAGGCAAAAAGAUAUGAUAGGGAACAUGUCUCGGCAUGAUAUGCGUGAUCCUUGCUGAGAAUUGAUGCAGCAACAGGACUCUUGACGGGAUUUCGAAGAUUCAGGAGGUCCAGAAAAAAAAAUCCAAGAGACCCUGGGCCCGCUCUGAGGUGUGCCCAUGUCAGACCGCAGUGACUUUGUACGAAUAGAUAACCUCAUCUGUCGUCCAUUCUUUGAAAACCGUGCAAGUCUCCGUGGUGAGCUCAAUGCCAGGCCACAAGGUCUCGGCUUCGCAGUCGGCUUUGGGGUAAACGGUGAUCUUGUACUUGCUGUCACUGAAGACAGCCUUGACCGAGUGGAUGCGGUAUCCUUCCUCCAUGUCGAAGUUGAAGCAACCGGUGGAAGUGUAGCCGGCAACUUCGUAGCCUUCGGCACCCCCUGCGGCGCCACACUCCGUGCCGUGCCAGGCGUUCAUGUCCCAGGCGGAGACAGUCUGGGUGGCUGCGAUGCAGCCGGCGAGCAAGUAAAGAAACUGCAUGUUGAUCAGGUAGUUGGCUGCGAGAUGAAGAGAAUUGAAAAGAUUAGGAGUAAGAAAGAAUCAGAUGUGUUCCUGUUAACAAAUAUCACUUGCAGAGCACCGACCUGCGUGCUUUAUAUGUUUCUAUCCCAAUCAUACAACCUCGCAACGACAACAUACCGCAGAGGAUUACUGCAUUUG